AUGUCAGCGGUGGCGAACCCAGAGAGCGGCUUGGAUGCAGAUGAGAGAAUCGCGAUCGUGAGUGAGAGCACCAACGAGGUCACCGGCUCCGCACGCCGGGCCGAGAUGCGCCGAGACAAUCUACCGCAUCGCGCAACGUACGUCUUCAUUCAAGCUCCGGGUGGCGAGAGCGAGAAGAACCCAGAUCUCUGGGUGCAGAAAAGAACGAUGAUCAAGGACUACUGCCCAGGCCUGUUAGAUCCCAGCACAGGAGGCGUGGUGGGACACGGCGAGAGCUACGAGGACAACGCGAGGCGGGAGUUGGAGGAAGAGAUGGGCGUUAAGGCGACAGGGGGGACGGGGGAGGGUGGUGGGAGGGCCGAAGGCGAGCUCCGGCAUUGCUUCUCGUUCCACUACAAGGACGACCACACCAACGUUUGGGGGGACGCGUGGGACUGUGUAUGGGGAGGGGAGAUCGUCCCUCAGCCGGAGGAAGUGCAGAGCGUUCACCGCUACUCGCUGUCGGAGCUCAUCGCCGGCCGGGAUAAGGCGGGCGAGAAGCUUGAGUCCACGCCCGACGGGGUGAUCGCUCUGGAGAAGUACCGGGAUUGGCUCGCGGAAACGAAGGAGAAGUAGGAAGGUGUUUCUUCGUUGUGGGUGGCAUGCUUCUUUCGCCCCUCAUUCUUGGUCUCGGUCUUUCUACAUACAUACCGGGGUCCCGUCGCCUGGUAUCGGUCCCUGCCCAGUGCUGUUUUCGAUGUUUGGUUCUUCGCUACGAAACGCACUGCUGACUUUCUCGACCCGGGUACAACGGAUAAAAGGGUCAAUUUCCACACACCCACUCCCCCACCCCGUUUUCUACCUGCCUAAGCAUGACCAUGCGUCAAGUGUGAAGAAUUAGUCGCCAACUGUAUGGUGAUAGAUGCUAUUUCGUGAGGAUGCGAUAGUCGUUGUCUCGUGGGACCAGUAUUUUCAAUUGUGUCGAUGAUUUGGAAGAACAAGAGAGGCCUUUAUCCACCACGCGACCGGCCCAAAAAAACAGGGCGUCCUUUCGCGGAUAUGGUUCGUUCUUUCCACGAAGAAAGGUGGUGGUCGAUUCUGGCUGGCAGAAAGAAGAGCUAAGUGGGUCGGGUGUUGUUUAAUGCGACAGAAUCGUGAUCCACGGUGUGAAUAGUAGGUGUUUCGCAUUUUCUGUGAGACAUAACGCGGCAUUAUCGAGAGGUGGGUGGAUCGGCGAGAGUUGGAACGCAUCCUCUUCGUGCUUUUGACGAUACUUGAAAUACUUUGUUGCUUGUUGGUGGAGGAGAUAUGGUAAGGUAUUUGGUAGCGCCCACCGAGAAGAAAGCUUUUGUUGAAAUUCAAUGCACUAAAGAGUACACAGAGUAGGGUUUGAUACUUCUGUGUUAUUUGUCCUGAGCGGCAAGUUGUGGUAGCAUCACGCGACCCGUUUCGUGUGUCUACCUUACGCUGGCACUUUUGUCUUGGUUUGAUGGGGUUGAUUUCGUGGCAGGAGGUGGAAGCCGUGGAGAGACUCUCGCGCCACAAGUAAGUUG